AUGACCUACAGGCUGCACAUGGGGCAGACAGGGGUCCUUAAAAAGACUUGCUUCAGGCCCAGUAAAACACAAGAGUCCUGUACUAACGGAGGACUCUCUCAGUAAAUGAGUGUUGAAAACAUUGAGCUGACAGCCAGGUCACUGAGAAUGCCUACUCGGGAGUCCUCUAGUAGAUUAAAUGUUCCAAGAUGGCCACUGCCAGUCUUCAAUUUGACCCUAUAAAAAAAAAAAGGAGGGAUGCUUUCGUGAUUGUGUUUUAAAGAUCCAUCAGCUGGGAGUACUAUCCCUUCCCUACGCGUCAGGAAAGCACCAAGGCUUUACGUGCAGAAGUUGCUCCUACACCACUGUAGGAGGUGCCACGUGCCAGUAUGGUGAUGAUGAAGAUGACACCACUGUAGGAGGUGCCACGUGCCAGUAUGGUGAUGAUGAAGAUGACGUUCACACAUCAAUGGUUGUUUUGACUAUUACUAACAUCUUAAUUCAUUCUCAGUCCUCUUGUUUCUCUUAAAAAGCAUAUAUUUGCAGCAUGAAAAAAAAAAAACAGUCAGGUCAAAUAAAGAAGGAGCAGAAAUGUAAAGAAAAACAGGCACAGAAAAGGACACACCGUCAUUUUGGGGGCUUCCCACAGUUACACAUCUCUGAAAAUAAACUAAUAUUUUCCGUUGACCGCUGUUGGUAGCUUAACAUCACAAUUUUUAAUUAAAGUGGAUCGUCAACAAGAGCCAAGAACCCAGAUCAAAUUUCACCACAUCUUAUCUACAUUUGGCAAAACAUUUAAUGACGUUGGACAGGCAGCCCCUGUCUGUCUCUUUGCACAGUAUACAGUUGGAUCGGAAAUGGAUGAGUAAAAAUAAUCUUGGGACAAAAAUAACCGUCGUAAGUGGAACAAAAAAAAAGCCAAAACGCGAUGGAUAACUUUAAGCCACUGGCUGCUGUGCAUUCUCCUUUAUGUCAUACAAGUAUGUUCUUUUGUUUUCUUCUGUUGUUGGUCUCACGCUGCCAUCUGAGGCACGCCGUGUACACAAUCCACUUCCUGAACUCUCGGACUCUUAACCCUUGAUCUCAACUGGCCGUUUCCAAACAGGAAGCAGCACUUACACCAAAGACGGAAAAAUAAUGCAUUGUCACGCAUGAAGAAACUGAUCCAAAAUGAAGGUUGAAUAGUCAUAUCGAUAAUAACUAUAAUACAAACACCCCUCCCAAAAAUUGAGAGGGGGGGGGGGGGCAGAGUAGCGGCUUCAGGUGUGCGCUGGUCACAGUACUGCCUGCUUCCCAUGGGAAUGUUCUAGAGGGGGGUGAUCGGAAAGGGGGGGUGAGAUGGGGGGGGGGGGGGGGGGGGGGGGGGUUGCAGGCCAGUGGAGUGUGGAGGUGUUAGGAGAAGGAAUGAAAGGAGGAGGAGAAGAGGAGGAAGAGAGGAGCUCACCACUCCUUCCUUCUCUCGCUCUCCCCACAAGCUCUACUCCCACUCUGUGGUGCCGGGAGGUUUGGAGGUCAGGUCAAACAUCACCCUGGAGAUGCCAGGGAUCUUCUUGAUCUCAUUCACCAUCUUCAGCACUACCUGAGGAGACGUGAGAGAUGGAGAGAAAAAGUGAAAAGGGUUGGAAAACGUGAUUUAUACAUCUAUACUGGGUGCAAUAAAACAAUGUCUGCCUGACUAAUCCCCAUCUCAUGGCUAGCGGUAGUACCUCUUCAGGGAUGUGGUUUCCGGGCGUGGCAGGUAUCCCGGUCAUGAAGUCACUGGUGAUAAAGGUUCUGACGACCACAGAGCGCCUGCAGGACGGCUGCCUCUGUGAGGAAUCGCGGUCAAAGUGCAGAGGGGUCAGGAUGACCGGCAUCUGACUGAUCUUACCAGAGUAACCUGGGAGAAAGAGGGUUACCACACCAGACAGGGUUAGCAAUGAGCAGUUCAUAAGGGAAGUGUGUUCUACCGGGCUGGGGGGUUUGAAAUAAUUUCACUAUUCGAAUAGCAUCAUGAUUUUUUUUUGACGGAUACACAUGUGUUUUUGUUAAACGUAAUGUUUUAACCUGAGCACUGCUGCGCGAGGGAGAGAGGCUGGCACUCUAUUGCUGCAGCUGCGGAGGUGGUGUGUGAGAGAUUGGAGUGAGCAGACGGAGGGUGAGAGAGAGAGAGAGAGACGCCAACGCAGCACUAGCUAACUUGUAGCAGCCACAACCGUAUUCAUCAUCCCAUAUAACAGUGCCCGUCUUGACUGGAGUAACCUAGAGAAGCUAGCUAGGGUAAUUGAGGCUACAUGCUGUGUUUUCUCCCCAACCCCAUUAAGAUAAAACAACAGCCUACCUGUUGGUUGCUCACUGUAGCCUUCUCCUUCCGCUAACUUUUAAUUCCGUAAUUUUAUUCCAUCUUGCAUUGCAUUAGUGAACUCUCACUCUAUUUGCUCCACAUUGAGCCUCUUUGCUGCUUUGAUUGGCCAACAAACAAGCUACCAGUCUUUUUAUGGGGCGCACCGUGCACAUCAACAACUUACCUUGAAGUGUGUUGUUUCAAUACAUUAAUAAUUUGAAAUGUCAUGGUAUAUCCUUGUAUGUAACAAAGUCACAUGGAUAUUUUAAUUUAAUUCAGAAAAAGCCUUUUCAGUGUUAAAAUAGGCCUAUAAUUGUUCUCUCUCGCAAAAAUGAAUACUCUCACAAGUAUUUGAAUACUAACGUCCGUUUGGCUAUUCUAAUAAGCGUGCACCUCCCUAGAGUUCUAUACAUUGUAGUUCUAUACUUUAUUCCCCGCUCCACAUCCCUAGAGUUCUAUACAUUGUAGUUCUAUACAUUGUAGUUCUAUACUCUAUUCCCCGCUCCACAUCCCUAGAGUUCUAUACAUUGUAGUUCUAUACUCUAUUCCCCGCUCCACACUGAAUCCAGCCAUUCUGCUCCCCUCCUGAAGCAGGAAACCACUUACCAGACUCUCUGAGGAUGGAGUGAGCCACGAAGUCUGCCUGUCUGAGUGUGCUGAGAACGCCUGUGGUAAGGAAGGUGGGGGUGAUGUCUGUGGGAGGCUCCUUCACGUGGGACCCAAAUACAUACACAACUCUGGAGGGAGGCAGGAGAGAGCAAAGACACAGACAGUCCAUAUGGCAUCCUGCUAGCAGUAAAGGUUUUACUUCAUCUACUAACAUGUACUGUGUUACCUGUUGAUGGUGUGGCACAUGCGAGGGAUGAGUCUGGCCAGGAACAUCAGUGAUUCCCAGUGUGGAGCCUCUUUACUGGUGACCCCACACACAUAGCUAUAGGACCGACAGUCACCCUACACACACAGAAACAGAAAGAGACAGAGAACAGGUUAGGAGCCUCUUUACUGGUGACCCCACACACAUAGCUAUAGGACCGACAGUCACCCUACACACACAGAGACAGAGAACAGGUUAGGAGCCUCUUUACUGGUGACCCCACACACAUAGCUAUAGGACCGACAGUCACCCUACACACACAGAGACAGAACAGGUUAGGAGCCUCUUUACUGGUGACCCCACACACAUAGCUAUAGGACCGACAGUCACCCUACACACACAGAGACAGAGAACAGGUUAGGAGCCUCUUUACUGCUGACCCCCCACACACAGCUAUAGGACCGACAGUCACCCUACACACACACACACAGAGAGAGAGAGAAAACACACGAUAGAGCUUUGCCUAGGACCACUGUUGUAUGCUAUAGUCGUUCUCUCUUGACCAACACUUCAUUAUUGUGAUGAUUAGUCAAUAAAACAUGAUCUAUUGGGGUCCAUCCUUCCCAUUUAGACUUCAUUAAGAGACUGGGGGAUUUGAGGCCUUUCUGUUAGUCAUUUCCCUAUACUCUCAGCCAAACUCCACAGAGAAUAAUAAGCCCCUCUGUUUAUACCCUCCUGUGUCUCUCCUGCCCCCCUUAACACACACAGACACACAUUUAGUCUUUCUGGGGUAAAUAUAUCCCUCUGUGGCUUUCAGCAGGAAGUGAGGAGGAGACACCCACCACUGAAUGGGCGGAGCCAGCUGUGUCACCAUCCCAUUACCCAGGCACUUGUCAACAAACACACAUUGUGUAGCCACAGCCUGGGGCUGAAGGAAAUGAAUGGAUGGAGCAGUAAAUCUCCAAAAUACCCAUUGACUAGUGAGAGCAGCCAAACAGACAUUGCCCCUAACCACAGAUCUAGGAUCAGAUUGCCCCUCCCCAAUCCUAACUAUUAGCAGGGUAGUGGGUUCGAUCCCCGGGACCACCCAUACGUAAAAAAUAUAUGCACGCAUGACUAUAAGUCGCUUUGGACAAAAGCGUCUGCUAAAUGGCAUAUUAUUAUUAUUAUUAUUAUUAUUAUAAACAAAUAUAUCUGACCCAGUAUCGGCGAUUAGAGGAGAGUUCUACCUACUCAGCCCUGGCUGUAGCAGUGCCAUCCUGUUAUAGUGAGAGGGUGAAGGAGUACCAGGGAGAUGGCUGCCGGGUGAAGGAGUAACAGGGAGAUGGCUGCCGGGUGAAGGAGUAACGGGGAGAUGGCUGCCGGGUGAAGGAGUAACGGGGAGAUGGCUGCCGGGAGAAGGAGUAACAGGGAGAUGGCUGCCGGGUGAAGGAGUAACGGGGAGAUGGCUGCCGGGAGAAGGAGUAACGGGGAGAUGGCUGCCGGGUGAGGGGGUAACGGGGAGAUGGCUGCCGGGUGAAGGAGUAACUGGGAGAUGGCUGCCGGGUGAAGGAGUAACGGGGAGUGUUAAACUAGUCCUGGCUAACAUUAGGCCUAGCUACACCACACACUGUCAGAGAAGGAGGGACAGAAAAGGAAGUAGAGAAAGAUAGAAUGAGACAGAGGUUUGUACUGUUCUGUGUUGUCUGUUCUACAGUGUAGACACUAUGGAUUGCUCCUUUAAUGCAAACAAAGCUUGUAUGGAUUCGCGAAAGAAACCGAUGGAAAAACAGACAGAGACAUAUAGCCCACUGGGUCAGAGGCUGUUGUUGACCAUAUAGCCUAGGUAAUGUAGUGGGACAGACAGAGACAUAUAGCCUAGGUAAUGUAGUGGGACAGACAGAGACAUAUAGCCUAGGUAAUGUAGUGGGACAGAGAGACAUAUAGCCUAGGUAAUGUAGUGGGACAGAGAGACAUAUAGCCUAGGUAAUGUAGUGGGACAGAGAGACAUAUAGCCUAGGUAAUGUAGUGGGACAGAGAGACAUAUAGCCUAGGUAAUGUAGUGGGACAGAGAGACAUAUAGCCUAGGUAAUGUAGUGGGACAGAGAGACAUAUAGCCUAGGUAAUGUAGUGGGACAGAGAGACAUAUAGCCUAGGUAAUGUAGUGGGACAGAGAGACAUAUAGCCUAGGUAAUGUAGUGGGACAGACAGAGACAUAUAGCCUAGGUAAUGUAGUGGGACAGACAGAGACAUAUAGCCUAGGUAAUGUAGUGGGACAGACAGAGACAUAUAGCCUAGGUAAUGUAGUGGGACAGAGAGACAUAUAGCCUAGGUAAUGUAGUGGGACAGAGAGACAUAUAGCCUAGGUAAUGUAGUGGGACAGACGAGAACAUAUAGCCUAGGUAAUGUAGUGGGACAGAGAGACAUAUAGCCUAGGUAAUGUAGUGGGACAGAGAGAGACAUAUAGCCUAGGUAAUGUAGUGGGACAGACAGAGACAUAUAGCCUAGGUAAUGUAGUGGGACAGAGAGAGACAUAUAGCCUAGGUAAUGUAGUGGGACAGACAGAGACAUAUAGCCAGGUAAUGUAGGGGCGAAGCAAUAGCCUAGUAUUGCUGACAGACGAGCCUAUAGCCUAUAAUUGUGGACGAGAGACAUUAGUAGGUCAUGUAGUGGGACAGACAGACAAUAGCCAGGUAAUGUGUGGGACAGACAAGCAUCAGCCUAGGUAAUGUAGUGGGACAGAGAACCAAUCCCAGAAAGUAUCCAGAGCCCAUAUAAGCCUAGGUAAUGUAGUGGACAGAGAGACAUAUAGCCUAGGUAAUGUAGGGGACAGAGAGAACUAUAGCCUAGGUAAUGUAGUGGGACAGAGAGACAUAUAGCCUAGGUAAUGUAGUGGGACAGAGAGACAUAUCGCCUAGGUAAUGUAGUGGGACAGAGAGACAUAUAGCCUAGGUAAUGUAGUGGGACAGACAGAGACAUAUAGCCUAGUAAUGUAGUGGGACAGAGAGACAUAUAGCCUAGGUAAUGUAGUGGGACAGAGAGACAUAUAGCCUAGGUAAUGUAGUGGGACAGAGAGACAUAUAGCCUAGGUAAUGUAGUGGGACAGAGAGACAUAUAGCCUAGGUAAUGUAGUGGGACAGAGAGACAUAUAGCCUAGGUAAUGUAGUGGGACAGACAGAGACAUAUAGCCUAGGUAAUGUAGUGGGACAGAGAGACAUAUAGCCUAGGUAAUGUAGUGGGACAGAGAGACAUAUAGCCUAGGUAAUGUAGUGGGACAGACAGAGACAUAUAGCCUAGGUAAUGUAGUGGGACAGACAGAGACAUAUAGCCUAGGUAAUGUAGUGGGACGACAGGACAUAUACCCUAGGAAUGUAGUGAGACAGAGAGACAUUAGCCUAGGUAAUGUGUGGGACAGAGAGACAUAUACCCGGUAAUUAGUGGGACAGAGAGACAUAUAGCCUAGGUAAUGUAGGGACAGAGAGACAUAUAGCCUAGGUUAAUGAGUGGACAGACGAGACAUUAGCCUAGGUAAGUAGUGGACAGACGAGCCAUAUACCUAGGUAAGUGUGGGACAGAGAGACAUAUAGCCUAUGUAAUGAGUGGACAGACAGACGACAUAUAGCCUAGGAAUGUAGUGGGACAGACAGAGACAUAUAGCCUGGGAAUUAGGGGACAGAGAGAAUAAGCAGGUAUGUAGUGGUACAGAGAGACUAUACCUAGGUAAUGUAGUGGGACAGAGAGACAUAAGCCCUAGGUAAUGUAGUGGACAGAGAGACAUAAGCCAGGUAUGUAGGGGACAGAACAUGUUAGGUAAUGUAGUGGGACAGAGAGACAUAUAGCUAGUAGGUAGUGGGACAGAGAGACAUAUAGCCUAGGUAAUGUAGUGGGACAGACAGAGACAUAUAGCCUAGGUAAUGUAGUGGGGACAGAGAGACAUAUAGCCUAGGUAAUGUAGUGGGACAGAGAGACAUAUAGCCUAGGUAAUGUAGUGGGACAGACAGAGACAUAUAGCCUAGGUAAUGUAGUGGGACAGACAGACAUAUAGCCCAUUGUAUCAUAGUAGGCGUUGUUAAGCAAUUGCCUGAUGACUCAAACUGAAUUGUUCCCUACAUACUUCAGUCUGAGACUCCCAUCGUUGAAGUCGUUUGUGGUGAUGUCAAAAUGAGCGGUGUUGUACAAAACAAAGUCAUCAGUGAUUGGAUAAUUUCUAACCAAUCAGAGUAUCCAAGCCAAUAACACAUUUUUAAAUGCUGCUUUACCCAUGUGUGUUCUGGCUCUGGCCCAACCCCUCGGAUUCUGGGACCAAUCAGUAAGGUCAGAAUGUGUUUGCGUUCUAGAAAUAGUCAGGGAGGUACUCGGAUCCAGACGCAUUGCUGAGAAGAAACGAACAUCUGUGGGCGUGGCAUUUCGACGGAGCAAGGAGUUUGGGUACCCAGGCAAGUUGACCAGAGCCCAAACAGAGAGAGAUACUGAACACUACACUACCAUAGCUAUAGGACGACAGUCACCCUACACACACAGAGACAGAAAGAGACAGAGAACAGGUUAGGAGCCUCUUUACUGGUGACCCCACACACAUAGCUAUAGGACCGACAGUCACCCUACACACACAGAGAGAGAAAGAGACAGAGAACAGGUUAGGAGCCUCUUUACUGGUGACCCCACACACACAGCUAUAGGACCGACAGUCACCCUACACACACAGAGACAGAACAGGUUAGGAGCCUCUUUACUGGUGACCCCACACACAUAGCUAUAGGACCGACAGUCACCCUACACACACAGAGACAGAACAGGUUAGGAGCCUCUUUACUGGUGACCCCCCACACAUAGCUAUAGGACCGACAGUCACCCUACACACACAGAGAGACAGAGAACAGGUUAGGAGCCUCUUUACUGGUGACCCCACACACACAGCUAUAGGACCGACAGUCACCCUACACACACAGAGACAGAACAGGUUAGGAGCCUCUUUACUGGUGACCCCACACACAUAGCUAUAGGACCGACAGUCACCCUACACACACAGAGACAGAGAACAGGUUAGGAAACUCUUUACUGGUGACCCCACACACAUAGCUAUAGGACCGACAGUCACCCUACACACACACACAGAGAGAGAGAGAAAACACACACUAGAGCUUUGGCUAGGACCACUGUUGUAUGCUAUAGUCAUUCUCUCUUGACCAACACUUCAUUAUUGUGAUGAUUAGUCAAUAAAACGUGAUCUAUUGGGGUCCAUCCUUCCCAUUUAGACUUCAUUAAGAGACUGGGGGAUUUGAGGCCUUUCUGUUAGUCAUUUCCCUAUACUCUCAGCCAAACUCCACAGAGAAUAAUAAGCCCCUCUGUUUAUACCCUCCUGUGGCUCUCCUGCCCCCCUUAACACACACAGACACACAUUUAGUCUUUCUGGGGUAAAUAUAUCCCUCUGUGGCUUUCAGCAGGAAGUGAGGAGGAGACACCCACCACUGAAUGGGCGGAGCCAGCUGUGUCACCAUCCCAUUACCCAGGCACUUGUCAACAAACACACAUUGUGUAGCCACAGCCUGGGGCUGAAGGAAAUGAAUGGAUGGAGCAGUAAAUCUCCAAAAUACCCAUUGACUAGUGAGAGCAGCCAAACAGACAUUGCCCCUAACCACAGAUCUAGGAUCAGAUUGCCCCUCCCCAAUCCUAACUAUUAGCAGGGUAGUGGGUUCGAUCCCCGGGACCACCCAUACGUAAAAAAAUAUAUGCACGCAUGACUGUAAGUCGCUUUGGACAAAAGCGUCUGCUAAAUGGCAUAUUAUUAUUAUUAUUAUUAUAAACAAAUAUAUCUGACCCAGUAUCGGCGAUUAGAGGAGAGUUCUACCUACUCAGCACUGGCUGUAGCAGUGCCAUCCUGUUAUAGUGAGAGGGUGAAGGAGUACCAGGGAGAUGGCUGCCAGGUGAAGGAGUAACAGGGAGAUGGCUGCCGGGUGAAGGAGUAACAGGGAGAUGGCUGCCGGGUGAAGGAGUAACGGGGAGAUGGCUGCCGGGAGAAGGAGUAACGGGGAGAUGGCUGCCGGGAGAAGGAGUACCAGGGAGAUGGCUGCCGGGUGAAGGAGUAACAGGGAGAUGGCUGCCGGGUGAAGGAGUAACGGGGAGAUGGCUGCCGGGAGAAGGAGUAACGGGGAGAUGGCUGCCGGGAGAAGGAGUAACGGGGAGAUGGCUGCCGGGUGAGGGGGUAACGGGGAGAUGGCUGCCGGGUGAAGGAGUAACAGGGAGAUGGCUGCCGGGUGAAGGAGUACCAGGGAGAUGGCUGCCGGGUGAAGGAGUAACGGGGAGGUGGCUGCCGGGUGAAGGAGUACCAGGGAGAUGGCUGCCGGGUGAAGGAGUAACAGGGAGAUGGCUGCCGGGUGAAGGAGUAACUGGGAGAUGGCUGCCGGGUGAAGGAGUAACGGGGAGAUGGCUGCCGGGUGAAGGAGUAAGGAGGGAGGCCGUAGGAGGGCAACAACCCAGCAGCAGGACCGCUACCUCCGCCUUUGUGCAAGGAGGAGCACUGCCAGAGCCCUGCAAAAUGAGCUCCAGCAGGCCACAAAUGUGCAUGGGUCUGCUCAAACGGUCAGAAACAGACUCCAUGAGGGUGGUAUGAGGGCCCGACGUCCAUAGGUGGGGGUUGUGCUUACAGCCCAACACCGUGCAGGACGUUUGGCAUUUGCCAGAGAACACCAAGAUUGGCAAAUUCGCCACUGGCGCCCUGUGCUCUUCACAGAUGAAAGCAGGUUCACACUGAGCACAUGUGACAGACGUGACAGAGUCUGGAGACGCCGUGGAGAACGUUCUGCAACAUCCUCCAGCAUGACCGGUUUGGCGGUGGGUCAGUCAUGGUUGUGGUGGGCAUUUAUUUGGGGAGAUGGAGUAACGGGGAGAUGGCUGCCGGGAGAAGGAGUAACGGAGAGAUGGCUGCCGGGAGAAGGAGUAACGGGGAGAUGCUGCCGGGUGAGGGGGUAACGGGGAGAUGGCUGCCGGUGAAGGGGUAACGGGGAGAUGGCUGCCGGGCAGGAAUGAGGUAACGUGGGAGAUGGCUGCCGGGUGAGGGGGUAACGGGGAGAUGGCUGCCGGGUGAAGGAGUAACGGGGAGAUGGCUGCCGGGAGAAGGAGUAACGGGGAGAUGGCUGCCGGGUGAGGGGGGUAACGGGAGAUGGGCUGCCGGGUGAAGGAUUAACGGGGAGAUGGCUGCCGGGUGAGGGAGUAACGGGAGAUGGGCUGCCGGGUGAAGGAGUACCAGGGAGAUGGCUGCCGGGUGAAGGGAGUACCAGGGAGAUGGCUGCCGGGUGAAGAGUAACAGGGAGAUGGCUGCCGGGUGAAGGAGUAACUGGAGAUGGCGGCCGGGUGAAGGAGUAACGGGGAGAUGGCUGCCGGGUGAAGGAGUAACGGGGGAGUGUUAACUAGUCCUGGCUAACAUUAGGCUAGCUACACCACAACACUGUCAGAGAAGGAGGGACAGAAAAGGAAGUAGAGAAAGAUAGAAUGAGACAGAGGUUUGUCGGUUGUGGUGUUGUCUGUUCUACAGUGUAGACACUAUGGAUCUGCUCUUUAAUGCAAACAAAGCUUGUAUGGAUUCGCGAAAAGAAACCGAUGGAAAAAACAGACAGAGACAUAUAGCCACUGGGUCAGAGGCUGUUGUUGACCACAGAGCCUAGGUAAUGUAGUGGGACAGAGAGACAUAUUAGCCUAGGUAAUGUAGUGGGACAGAGAGACAUAUAGCUAGGUAAAUGUAGUGGGACAGACAGAGAAUAUAGCCUAGGUAAUGUAGGGGACAGAGAGACAUAUAGCCUAGGUAAUGUAGUGGGACAGAGAGACAUAUAGCCUAGGUAAGUAGUGGGACAGAGAGACAUAUAGCCUAGGUAAUGUAGUGGGACCAGAGAGACAUAUAGCCUAGGUAAUGUAGUGGGACAGAGAGACAUAUAGCCUAGGUAAUGUAGUGGGACAGACAGAGACAUAUAGCCUAGGUAAUGUAGUGGGACAGAGAGACAUAUAGCCUAGGUAAUGUAGUGGGACAGACAGAGACAUAUAGCCUAGGUAAUGUAGUGGGGACAGAGAGACAUAUAGCCCAGGUAAUGUAGUGGGACAGACAGAGACUAUAGCCCAGGUAAUGUAGUGGGACAGAGAGAACAUAUAGCGUAGGUAAUGUAGUGGGACAGACAGAGACAUAUAGCCUAGGUAAUGUAGUGGGACAGAGAGACAUAUAGCCCAGGUAAUGUAGUGGGACAGACAGAGACAUAUAGCCUAGGUAAUGUAGUGGGACAGAGAGACAUAUAGCCUAGGUAAUGUAGUGGGACAGAGAGACAUAUAGCCCAGGUAAUGUAGUGGGACAGACAGAGACAUAUAGCGUAGGUAAUGUAGUGGGACAGACAGAGACAUAUAGCCUAGGUAAUGUAGUGGGACAGACAGAGACAUAUAGCGUAGGUAAUGUAGUGGGACAGACAGAGACAUAUAGCCUAGGUAAUGUAGUGGGACAGACAGAGACAUAUAGCCUAGGUAAUGUAGUGGGACAGACAGAGACAUAUAGCCUAGGUAAUGUAGUGGGACAGACAGACAUAUAGCCCAUUGUAUCAUAGUAGGCGUUGUUAAGCAAUUGCCUGAUGACUCAAACUGAAUUGUUCCCUACAUACUUCAGUCUGAGACUCCCAUCGUUGAAGUCGUUUGUGGUGAUGUCAAAAUGAGGGGUGUUGUACAAAACAAAGUCAUCAGUGAUUGGAUAAUUUCUAACCAAUCAGAGUAUCCAAGCCAAUAACACAUUUUUAAAUGCUGCUUUACCCAUGUGUGUUCUGGCUCUGGCCCAACCCCUCGGUUUCUGGGACCAAUCAGUAAGGUCAGAAUGUGUUUGCGUUCUAGAAAUAGUCAGGGAGGUACUCAGAUCCAGACGCAUUGCUGAGAAGAAACGAACAUCUGUGGGCGUGGCAUUUGGACGGAGCAAGGAGUUUGGGUACCCAGGCAAGUUGACCACAGAGCCCAAACAGAGAGAGAUACUGAACACUACACUACCAUAGCUAUAGGACGACAGUCACCCUACACACACAGAGACAGAAAGAGACAGAGAACAGGUUAGGAGCCUCUUUACUGGUGACCCCCACACAUAGCUAUAGGUACCCACAGUCACCCUACAACAUAAAACAGAAAGAGACAGAGAACAGGUUAGGAGCCUCUUUACUGGUGACCCACAACAAUAGCUAUAGGACCGACAGUCACCCUACACAACACAGAGACAGAGAACAGGUUAGGAGCCUCUUUACUGGUGACCCCACACACAUAGCUAUAGGACCGACAGUCACCCUACACACACACAGAGACAGAGAACAGGUUAGGAGCCUCUUUACUGGUGACCCCACACACCCUAGCUAUAGGACCGACAGCACCCUGACCACACAGAACAGAGAACAGGUUAGGAGCCUCUUUAUGGUGACCCCACACACAGCUAAGGACGACAGUCCCCAAACACAGAACAGAAGGACAGAACAGGUUAGGAGCCUCUUUACUGGUGACCCCACACACAUAGCUAUAGGACCGACGUCACCCUACACACACGACGAAAGAGAGAACAGGUUAGGAGCCUCUUUACUGGUGACCCCACAACAUAGCUAAGGACCGACAGUCACCCUACACACACACAGAGAACAGGUUAGAGCCUUUGGGACCCCAUUGUAUAAGACGUCACCUACCAACAAAAAACAUUAGGAGCUUUAGGGGAAAACUGUAUAGGCCACAGUCCCAACACACAGAGACAGGAAGGUUAGGCCUUUUGGUUAGCUAUUACCGCAUACCUACACCCCAACACCACAGAAGAGAACAUAGGGCUCUUUAUAUGACCCCCACAAUAGCUAUACACGCACCCUACAACACACACAGACAAACAGUUGAGUCUUUCUGGGACAAAAUAUAUACGACAGUCCUCACACAGCAGAAAGUAGGAGAUGACCCCACACACAUUGAAUGGACGACAGUCACCCUACCACACAGAACAGAGAACAGGUUGGAGCCUCACUGGGACCAACACAAGCAUAGGAAGCACCUCACAAAAGACAGAAAGUUAGGAGCCUAUUGCCCACACAAUAGAUAGGCCCUCCCCACACAACAGAGCAGGUAGGGCUCUAUGGGACCCACCAUACUUAAAAAUAAACACGCAGGAACGGUUAAGCCUUUGGACCCCCAACAUAAUGGACGACAGUCACCCUACACACAGAGACAGAGAACAGGUUAGGAGCCCCCUUUACUGGUGACCCCCACCAACAAGGCUAUAGGACCGACAGUCCCCUACACACAAAAGAGCAGAGAACAGGUAGGAGCCUUUACUGGUGACCCCACACACACAGCAUAGGACCGGGCAGUCACCUACACAACAGGGACAAAAAAAGGUUAGGAGCCUUUUACGGUGACCCACACACACACAGCUAUAGGACGACAGUCACCUACACCACACAAGAGAGAGAGAAACACAACAUGGUUUGGUAGGGCCAUGUUGUAUGUAAGUCGUUCUCCUUGACCCCACUUCAUUAUUGUGAUGAUUAGUCAAUAAAACGUGAUCUAUUGGGGUCCAUCCUUCCCAUUUAGACUUCAUUAAGAGACUGGGGGAUUUGAGGCCUUUCUGUUAGUCACUUCCCUCUACUCUCAGCCAAACUCCACAGAGAAUAAUAAGCCCCUCUGUUUAUACCCUCCUGUGUCUCUCCUGCCCCCCUUAACACACACAGACACACAUUUAGUCUUUCUGGGGUAAAUAUAUCCCUCUGUGGCUUUCAGCAGGAAGUGAGGAGGAGACACCCACCACUGAAUGGGCGGAGCCAGCUGUGUCACCAUCCCAUUACCCAGGCACUUGUCAACAAACACACAUUGUGUAGCCACAGCCUGGGGCUGAAGGAAAUGAAUGGAUGGAGCAGUAAAUCUCCAAAAUACCCAUUGACUAGUGAGAGCAGCCAAACAGACAUUGCCCCUAACCACAGAUCUAGGAUCAGAUUGCCCCUCCCCAAUCCUAACUAUUAGCAGGGUAGUGGGUUCGAUCCCCGGGACCACCCAUACGUAAAAAAAUAUAUGCACGCAUGACUGUAAGUCGCUUUGGACAAAAGCGUCUGCUAAAUGGCAUAUUAUUAUUAUUAUUUAUUAUAAACAAAUAUAUCUGACCCAGUAUCGGCGAUUAGAGGAGAGUUCUCCCUACUCAGCAACUGGCUGUAGCAGUGCCAUCCUGUUAUAGUGAGAGGGUGAAGGAGUACCAGGGAGAUGGCUGCCAGGUGAAGGAGUAACAGGGAGAUGGGCUACGGGUGAAGGAGUAACAGGGAGAUGGCUGCCGGGUGAAGGAGUAACGGGGAGAUGGCUGCCGGGAGAGGAGUAACGGGGAGAUGGCUGCCGGGAGAAGGAGUAACGGGGAGAUGGCUGCCGGGUGAGGAGGUAACGGGGAGAUGGGCUGCCGGGUGA